AUGGAGAUUUUUGGUGUGGCCAACGUCCCCCCGCCCCCCAAAGGAUAUCCAAAGCUUGCAAUUUUGAUGGGAGAAGACCCGGACGUCGCCAUAUUUCGACGCUUUGGGGCUCUGAACGCGCUUGUUUUGAUGCGUCUCCAAGCUGAGCUCAUUGAAAUCGAAAAGGAGCUGCGAACUAAGCAAGGGGAAGAUGACAUGGCUGGUCCGCCAAGAGGAGAUUACUCUACAAACUUAUUCGAAUUGAAUCUGGAACAUGCGAGCACAGAGGGUGAUGAUGACCACCCAAAUCAAAUGGCAUUGCUGAAACUGGCACAAGCAAAGUUGGAAAGAUACCACAGAUUGCUUCUCACUACAGCAGAAGUCACGAAGUUGCAACAGCCCAGUGACAGGAGAUUCAAGUUCGUGCGGAGAUGGCUGCGUACGAAUGGACGUGGAAAAGACUUCCAGGAAGAUGACGACCUUCUGCGAAUGUGGAGCGAUGACGCCAAACACGACAUGGUGGCGUUGACGCGUGAAGACCACGACGACAACGUGCCAUCAGCGUGGUUCGUCCCAAAACUCGUCAAAGCAUACGACUACUUCUUCAAACUGUUACGCCCGCUUUUCCCUACUACCAAAAUCCAAGAUCCCGAGGACUACGAUUACACCACGCUGAUCGCCGUCGUGACGUGGACCUUGACCCUUCUAUCGACUGUCGCCAUCUCGCUGCUUCCGAGCCUCAUCAUCCUCUGGCUGUUCCAUGUGAAGAGAACUAUUACCAGGAUUUGGAUCACCAUAGUGGCUACGAUUUGUAUGGGAGUUCUACUCAGAGUCCUCGAUACUGCGACUAUCAAAGAGAUUUUCGGCGGCACAGCGGCGUAUGUUCUCCUUAAUAUUGACUUGGCAUCUUGA